UUUGAAUUUGCAUGAUCGUUGAUGUUGAAAGAAAUCAAGUUGUACUGAUCGAUGGUGCUUUCGAAAGGUGCACUAACCUUCCUUCAGAAAUACGGCUCAAAGAAAGAUGUUUUCUCGCGUGACGGGUAGAAAUCACACUUUGGUUGCAUUAGUAUUGGUAAGAAUUCCUCGGCCGUGACGACAAAUCCAUCUCCAAAACAUGACUUUUCAGCCUCGGUAAACUUGUUGAGGACGAAAUUUGAGGUUGCAAACUAAUAGACAAUUCAUUUGAGACGCUUGGUGGUCGCCAGAUGAUAACUACCUGAAAUGGUGUCUUCCCGCUGUAAGAAGCGCCUCAUAGCUCUAACGUGCUGCGCUGCAAUUUCGCUAUUGUUGCUUUACAAGGUCCAACUGGAGCGAACCGAGUCUGUGACUCUUCUUAAGCGAACGAAGGAUUUUUCUGGUGUCAUUCCUGAUAGAGACAAAUCUUUCACCACGAGGGAAACACACGAAGACAAAAGAAAAGACAAAACAGGAGACGAUGACUUGUUUGGUGACGACGAUAAUGACUCGGAUCAGGAGCUUAAAACAAUUCCAUUUGAAGCUGUAACCGACCCUCCGCGAAAGAUCCACAGGGGACUGGAAGCAAAUGAUGAAGUUGAGGACACAUUAGACUGGCUAAAUGAACAUGGGGUUAAUCGCCCAUCCGACACCACCGAAGAGGAGGUACCGCCGGAAAAGCAGGUUCCUGAUCCUGACUUGUUACCGACUACAGCCAAGCCACUUACAAGAAGCAAAAAUGGCAGCACGUCUACUGUAAGUAACCUUGUCAAAUCGAGAACAUCUGAAACUGAGACAAACAAAAGUCAUUCCUCUCCUUUGUUCACGUUACCGAGGUCAACCCAAUCACUGAAACCAGAGAUAGUUAAAACUCGAAGCGAACAUCGGAACUCGUCUACAAAGGUUGACGAUGAGGAAUUAGCGACCACAAGUAAUUCGGCAAAUCAAUCCUCGGAUAUUACUACAACACCGAGGUCAACACAACCUUCAAAAUCUGAACGCGACGAGAAUCUUGAAACUGAGUUGAACUCCACGUUAGUAAGCGUUUUGUUUACUAAUGCUACCUCAGGAACGCAGCAAGACCACUCUAGCCUUCCUUCCACUCCAUAUACAACACCAAGCUCCACAGGCGCACCAACACCUGUAUACACCCCAACUCCGGAUCUGAAUUCUUGUAAACUGCCAGAACUUGACCCAUGGGACCUCUCCAUUAGACAUCUGUUGAGAGAUGUCGGUAACGACCCCGUUUGUGGAAAUGGAUACCCUGUAUCUGCAUUUGACAUCGUUGGUAAUAGACUGGUCCUCUCGGGGGAGGUGGAUGGUAGUUCCAUCGAUUUCAGUCACGUAAACGUGGAGACAAUUCAUCGCAAUCAGGGUGAUGACGGUAACGUGCAUUACGAGGAUCAAGGGAAUCCUUUCAAAUCUUCCACACAGGAAUACCAACCUUCCCGCAAGAUAAACGCUUCGGAUUUUUUGAUUCUCGACUACAGACUUAAAAGUAGAAAAGAAGUUACAACUUACUUCGCGCGAGCUGUUCCGCAACAAGAUGUCAUCGAAAAUUCGAAACUGAUUAGAGAAAAGCUCAAUGGGCAAGGAGAAAAUGAAGGGUUAGACUUAAAUGUUUUAUUGCUUGGAAUUGAUUCUGUUUCUGCUGCAAACUUCCGCCGAAAGAUGCCGAAAACGAUAAACUAUCUUAAGACGGCGCUGAAGACGUACUUCAUGUCCGGUCAAACUGUAGUUGGUGAUGCUACAACACCCGCACUUACCGCCAUUUUGACAGGCCUGUACGAGACAGAACCGCCCGAGGGCCGACAAGGGUAUCGCAAUGCCGCCCCCAUUGAUAACUGGCCCUGGAUUAUGAAACUGUACAAGGAGCGCGGAUACGUUACAUUGAUGUCUGAAGAUGACCCUACCAUGGGUGCAUUCAAUCUAAGGCUCAUGGGCUUUAGGGACCCUCCUGCUCAUCACUAUAUGAGGCCGUUUUGGCUGGCACUGGAAGAAAAGGGCGAGCGAGACGAACCAGGAUUAUGCUCGCGUUCGACAUUUAUGGUUAAUCAUACCCUAGACUAUAUCCUCAGCUACUUUGCAGCGUAUCCAGACACCCCAAAAUUUACCUACGCUUUCAUGUCGUACCUGACUCACGCGCAUCCCAAUCAUCUAAGUUAUGCUGACAACGACAUCUUGCGAUUGCUCCACACUUUUGUCGAACGCAAUUAUCACAACAACACUAUGAUUAUACUAUUUGGAGAUCACGGCUCGCGAAAUGACGACGUCCGAAAUACUAUGCAGGGAAAACUGGAGGAAAGGUUACCUUGGCUCUCUAUCUCGGUUCCUGAUUGGCUUAUAAGGAAAUUCCCGCAUAUAGGGUUGGCCUUGGAACAUAAUCAACACAUAAUAACAUCACCGUUUGACAUGCAUGCCACGUUACGUCACAUCUUAACAUACCCUAAAGAGCCUCAUGGAGAGAAGACACAGAGCUUGUUCACGCAAUUACCACAUACAAGGACUUGCAGUGAUGCAGGAGUCGACGAUCACUGGUGCCCAUGCCUGGAGUUUACUGAGGUAAACGCAAGCAGUAAGGAUGUGAUUGGUGGAGCAGAAAUGGCUGUCAAAUACAUUAAUGACGUCAUCCUAAGUAGAACAGAGCUACUAAGAGGGUCUUGCGCUAAGGUCCAGCUCAAAAAGAUUUUAAAAGCUGUUAGUUACAGACCAAACGACAAACUGCGGAGAUUUAGUAGCACCAAUCAAGAUUCAGAUCGUGCCGUGAAUUUCGGCGAACCAACUCCAGACAGUAGUCACUACAGAAUUAAUUUUAUGACAACCCCUGGUGACGCAUUAUUUGAAGCAUCAGUGGCCGUGAGAGAUGAUCACAAAGUCAAAGUGAACCCGUUUAUAAGUCGGACAAAUGUUUAUGGAAAUCAGCCCAGCUGUAUUUCACGUAAAGAACCUUACGCUAGAAAAUUCUGCUACUGCAAGGACAUGAAGGCUCCAGUUUAAUUUAUUUCCCAGAGCACUAUAUUAGUAAUGUAACGCAAAAAGUUGAGUGAGGUGCGACGUAAGUUUGGCGACCACGUUUUAAUUUAAAGUCGUUUUGUUGUCACGGGCAAGUGGCUCCGUUUCCAGUGGCACCAUAUCAUUUGACCUCUUUUGGCAGGCUUUCUUAUUUGACGCUUGGUGACGCACGGCUCUUGAGAUUCGGUUAUCACUGGAAACUAGGAGGGUUGCCCGUGGCAACACCGUUUUUCACUGUUUAAACUCGAUACAAAAGUUUUUUCCGCGCCUAACUUAACCGAACACCGUGGUAUAUCUAAUGAAUCGACGGCUUUGUCCAGCCCCAUUCGGACGUAUCUCAAAUAGUUACGAUCGAUUUUUGUAACAAACCAUCAAACUCGCAACUUAGCGACUAGCAUCGAAUUACGCGAAGUUUUGAAAGAGAAAACGCGCACGCCUCUCUGAAGCAUUCGCUCAGUUAUCAGAGCCUCGAAUUCACAACUACACGGACGUACGUAAGUACCUCGGUGUGGAGGUGGUAACAUUAUCCAAUUGGAUUGAUUUAGAUGUUAUGCUAGCGAAUUGAGAACAACUGAACUUAUCAAGUGAAGAUUCAAAUUCUCCCUUCCAUAGCAUUUAGAGAAAACUGAUACCAGCAAGGAGAGUCAAUGGAUGCUGUGCAAAAUAGAAAUGUUAAAUUAUUAGACUAAAAAAAGAAUAGCUAGUGAUGCAUAGAAACUAUUUAAUUAUGGGACAUUAAUUUAUUUCGAAAUCAAUGUAAACGAAAUUUUUGGUAACCAAAGACUUUUCAUAGAUUUUCUUUCUUUAUUGGAGGUUAGUUGAAUUAUUUGGCAUAUGACCAGGUGCCAAUUGGGUGAAAAAUAGGAGGUUAGAGUUAGCAAAACGAAAUAUUGAAAAUAUAUAUAUUUAUUUUAUUUCUCAUAUUAUAAAAAAUACUAUAAGAAUCAUAUACCAGAUGGCUAUUGAAAAAGAGUAGGUUUAUUCAAAUUGAUAAGUACCUUCUUGAUAAUUAUAUAUGGAAAAAAUUAACUUUUCUUUACAUGUGCAUCGUAUUCUGUGUCAGCAGGGGUUGUAAUCUAUGACUUCACUAAUAAAGUUCUUUUUCGUUACAAUUA